AUGGGCUCCACAACCCCCACAUUCACUCCAAUCGACCCCAAUGUCACUGAAGGCAUUCCCGAUGGUGACCCGCGCCUGGCCGAGCUGGAACCAGGCCAGCGACUGCGACUGCUUGCACACCAGCCAUUCCCUCAAACCCCUAGGGGCCUUCAAGCACCAGACCUCCUGCUUGGGCUCUUUCAAGAAUUCAUGGGAACGCCUCAGGCUGAAUUUCGAAGCGCAGAACAGCGUGAGUGCCUCUACCAUCUGCUGAAGCCAACCCCAUUCCUUCUCAUGGCAUUACCAACUGCUGGAGGCAAGACCACCCUGUUUCUGCUUGCUGCAAGCCUUGCCUGGGCGCAUACUACUGUCCUGGUGGUUCCCCUUGUUUCAUUGAAGCUGAACCUGCAAUCUAAGCUUCAAAACCUAGGUCUGCCAUGGGUGAAUUGGGAGGAUCAGCAUGAGGAGACCCCUCCUACCCGGCUAGUGCUAGUAUCCAUUGAGUCUGCUGUCAGCCAGGUCUUCAUUAACUGGGCCAUGCAGCUCUACCACCAAAACGCCCUGGACCGCAUUAUUUUUGAUGAGGCCCAUCUCAUCCCCCUGGCCCGCAGCUAUCGGGGGGUGAUGAAUGAUGUAAACCGCCUGAGCCAGAUCCCAGUCCCCAAAGUCUUUGCCUCGGCCACCAUGACCCAGCCUGCCCUGGACCAGCUCCGCCACCAAUUCCUCCUGCCAGCCCACCUUCCCCUGGUGGUCCGUGGUGAUAUCAACCGCCCUGACAUUCACUAUCUGGUCCAAGCACACCCCCCUAGGCUCUCUGGCGCCCGCCGCUUCCAAUAUCUUUUGAACCUGAUCCGUGAUGCACGCCAGGCCGGGCAGAUCCCCCCUAGGGGUCAGGUGAUCAUCUACCUUCCCUAUAAGGGCAUGGUGGAGGAGUUCCAUCAGGCCUAUCCCCAGGAGACAGCCUAUUUCCAUGCCGGGCUGCCAGAGGAAGAAAAGAAAAGGGAGGUGGAGAGCUUUGACCAAGGGCAGAAGCUCGUGCUCCUUGGGACAGCUGCCAUCGGGGAAGGAUAUGACUUUGCUCAUACUGCCAUGGUCAUUCACUGGGGGACCAGGUGGGGCAUCAGCCAGUUCCUUCAAGCUACAGGGCGUGCGGCGCGGGGUGCUGGGGAGAUUGGCUGGUCAUAUGCCAUCAUCCCCCUCUCUCAGCCAUUCCCAGCGCCGGCGGAUCUGGAAGAACAGUUUUUCCAUGAGUAUCUGCAGGCACAGGUCUGCCGGCGGUCCCUAAUCAAUAGGGAAUUCAAUGGUCGGGCUACCCAGGGGUGUUUGGCGCAUGAGAAGGCAUGUGACCUGUGCCAGGCCCGGCAGGGAGAGCUCCAGGCAGUUGCUACCCAGGCUAGGGCAGUCCUCAGGGAGGGUGACGGCCUUAGGCGAAAGCUGACUGCCUAUGUGGAAUUUUUCCUCAAAGGAAAUAUCUGCCUUGGGUGUGAGCUUGAUUCAUGCUAUGAUAAAUCUGCCUAUGCCCAGGAGAUUGAUUCCCACCAUUCCUACCUUCAAUGCCCAAGAGCCCAGCAUCUGAUCAUUGCAUUCAACCAGCUUCGGGAUCAGCUUCAAUUGGAAACCCAUGGUGGCUGUUUUCAUUGCCUUCUUCCCACCAGGAUCUGUCCAAACCGAUCUGGAAAUAGGGAGGAAUGCCUGUUUCCGCCAGGGCUUCUUCUUAUUUGGUUUGGCCAUCAUAUUACUACUGAUAUGGGUAAGAUUCUGUGCUCUCUCAUGAACAUAGGCACCUCUCAAUCAUCAUCAUUAGAGCUUGGGAAUCAGCUUCUCAAAGCUGAAAGGGACACAUUUGGGACUGAGGUAUUUAAGGGGGUGGUCUUAUUUUAUAAAUGGUGUCAUAGGAUGAUUA